AUGAUCGCAUCUGCGACUGACAAACAAUGCACGCUUAGGUCCGAAAAGCCGGGUUGCGAACCAUCUGGCGCCCACACGGCCGACGUAUUCGGGCAAGAGGACCAGCAUGACAUCAAAUAUAAGAGACUCUCGUGGCCGUUGGUCGCACUUCUUAUGAUCACCGAGAUUGUGUCCAAUGGCAUGCUGUCUCUGCCGUCAUUUCUCGCCGUGGUGGGCAUGGUGCCCGGGCUGAUUAUCAUUAUAUUCCUCGGUGUGUUCGCGACGUACACAUCGUGGCUGUUAGUCGAGUUCAAACUGCGCCAUCCCGAGGUCCAUACCAUGGGUGACGCUGGCUACAUCAUGUUUGGGCCGCUCGGGCGUGAGAUCAUGGCCUUGGGACAUGCUGCUUCUCAAUCUUUGCAUCUGGGGGUCAGCUUCUCGCUGGCCAGAUUGCCCUCGCCUCGUUGA